AUGUCUUCAAACGGCACUCAGGAGGCACCCAUUGAGGUCCGCCGCAUCUGCUGUGUUGGUGCUGGUUAUGUCGGUGGCCCUACUGCUGCUGUCGUUGCUUUCCAGAACCCCCAGAUUCAGGUCACUGUCGUCGACCGAGACGUUAACCGUAUCCGACGUUGGAACUCCCGCCACCCUCCUAUCUACGAGCCUGGUCUGCACGACAUCAUCCGAAUCGCCCGUGAUGGUGGCCGACCUGGCAAGAUCUCCGGCGAGCCCACCACCGAUAGCGAGGGCUCCUCCGCUGAGGAGGGCGAGAUUACUAUCAAUGAGCGCAAGCCCAACCUGUUCUUCUCUACCGACGUUGCCAAGCACAUCAGCGAGGCCGAUGUCGUCCUUGUUGCCGUCAACACCCCCACCAAGUACCGUGGUGUUGGUGCCGGCAGCGCCACUGACAUGACCGCUUUCGAGGCUGUCACUGGUGUCGUUGCUCAGUACGCCCGUGAGGGUGCUAUCAUUGUUGAGAAGUCCACUGUUCCUUGCCGAACUGCUCAGCUUGUUGCUGAUACUCUUAACAUGCAUCGUCCUGGUGUUCACUUCGAGAUUCUCUCCAACCCCGAGUUCUUGGCUGCCGGUACCGCCGUCAACGAUCUCCUCUACCCUGACCGUAUUCUUAUCGGUUCUGCCCCCACUCCCUCCGGCAAGCGGGCUGCUGAGGCUCUCGUCAAGGUUUACAACGCUUGGAUUCCUCGCGAGCGUAUCUUAACCACCAACGUCUGGUCUUCCGAGCUUGCCAAGCUCGUUGCCAACUCUAUGCUGGCCCAGCGUAUUUCUUCUAUCAACUCCAUCUCCGCCGUCUGCGAGCAGACCGGUGCUGAUGUCGAUGAGGUCGCCAAGGCCGUCGGUGUGGACCCCCGUAUUGGCAACAAGUUCUUGAUGGCCGGUAUCGGUUUCGGUGGCAGCUGCUUCAAGAAGGAUGUUCUCAACCUCGUCUACCUCGCCGAGACCAUGGGUCUUCCUGAGGUCGCCGAGUACUGGCGCCAGGUCGUCAAGAUGAACGAGUACGCUCGUGACCGUUUCUCCAACCGUGUCAUCAAGUGCCUCAACAACACCCUUGUUGGCAAGAAGGUUACUAUCCUCGGCUUUGCCUUCAAGAAGAACACCUCCGAUACCCGUGAGGCUCCCGCUCUUGAGAUGAUCAAGACCCUCCUCGAGGAGCGUCCCCGUGAGAUCGCCGUCUUUGACCCCUGCUGUAACCCUCUGGUUAUCAAGUCUGAGAUCAAGGAGCUUCUCGGCCCCCUUGCCGAGGGCCACAACAUCACCGUCCACGGCAACGCCUACGACGCCUGCGAGAAGAGUACCGCCAUCAUUAUCGCUACUGAGUUCGACGAGUUCCGCAACCAGCCCCCUCCUCCUCCUGCUCCCCAACCUACCGUCCAGCCCAAGACCAUUGGCCGCAAGCCCAACCCCAAGACUGACCCCCGUCCCUUCAAGGAGGGUGGCAGCCCCAACGAGCUCCUCGCUCUCCACAAGCAUCUCGUCCAGCGACCUGAUGUCUCCUCCCAGGAUCCCCUCGAUCGCUUCAACGUCGAGCCCAACUGUGAUGACGACUGCCCUGACUGCAUCCAGGAGCGUGAGAGCAAGGAGAGCGGCUUUGCCACUGGUAUGGGAAGCUCCGAGGAGUACAAGCCCAAGGAGCGUGUUGACUGGGUCCGCAUCUCCGAGAGCAUGGCCAAGCCUCGCUGGGUCUUUGAUGGCCGUGGUGUCAUCGAUUCUCGGGAGAUGGUCAAGCUGGGCGUCCGCGUCGAGAGUGUCGGUCGCCAGCACCAAUUCUAG